AUGUUAGCAACCCUUAUUCUUUGCUGUCUCGUUACUGUUACAUUCGGUACAUGUUCUGCUGUAUUCAAAUUCAAUAUUCGUCCUGAUAAAGUGGAUGUAGGAACCGCCCUCCCCUUUGCGAUUGAUGUGUUGAACGAAGAGUCCAAGGAAUUUCGUAAUUCUGCGCUAGGGCUAGCCCUCAAGCGGAAGGGUCUACUACAUGGCUUCGCUGUUGUAAAAAAUGUUAGCAACGCUCUAGCCUUGAUUAGAUUUGACCAUCCAGAACUCAAUCAAGGUGAGUUAUACCCACUUCUCAUUAAGUAA